AUGAAUUUGUUUGACUUGCAGCAGCUGUCCCAGAUGCAGACCCAGAUCUCCGACACCUCGGUGGUGCUGUCCAUGGACAAGAGCCAGAACCUGGACCUGGACAGCAUCAUCACCGAGGUCAAGGCACAGUACGAGGACAUCGCCAGCUGGAGCCGUGCUGAGGCUGAGUCCUGGUACCAGAGCAAGUACGAGGAGCUGCAGCUCUCAGCUGGCUGGCACGGGGAUGACCUCCAGAGCACCAGGGUGGGGAUCAUCUCAGAGAGGAACCACCUUGUCCAGCAGCUCCACUCACACAUGGACAGCGUGAAGGGGCAGGUGGCUGGGCUGCAGAUAGCCAUCACUGAGGCAGAGCAGCACAGGGACACCACCCUCAAGGAUGGCAGGGCCAGGCUGGAGAAAUUGGAGGCCACUCUGCAGAAAGCCAAGGCUGACCUGGCCCAGCAGCUCAGGGAAUUCCAGGAGCUCAUGAACAUCAAGCUGGCCCUGGACAUCGAGAUUGGGACAUACAGGAAGAACAAGGAGGGCAGGUGGGAACUCCACCUGCAAACCAAAUCACGUCCAAAUCCAGAAACAUUCUCACCUUUGCAUUGCAAGGAGGUGAAAGUGUCACAAAAUUUUGCAGAGGAAAUUCGCCCCCAUCCUACACAGUAA